UUUACAGUUGCUUAAAAUAUCAACUAGUGAAUUCAUUCACAAAACAUUGGAAAGAAGUACCGAAACAUCUACGCACAAUAAUAUUUUAAACAGACAUAUUAAAGACUAUUUAUUGCAAGACCGAGACCACUGCUGAUUAUAGAUAAUUGUGAAUAACUAGACCGUCGACCACAGCGGAUUUCAUUCACACCGAGACUAACAAGAUCGCUUACCACAGCGACAUCUUAACAUAAGACCGACGAACACGUUUAAACCGACUUCAAUUACUAUCGAUUCUUCCACCUGAAGAUUUUAAAAGUAUCUUUUCACCUGAAGAUUUGUAAUAUAUUAUCUGUUUCCAAUACAGAAUAACCUUGAUCGACCUUAAGAAAAGAUGUCCGGAAUAACAGUUGAAAGCCCGAAUGUAAAAUACACGGACUCUCAUAUUGAGGCUAAAUAUUCCUACGCCAACACCAAAGUUAGGCGUGAAAAUGGGAGUUACGUGGUUGAACCAACGAAGACUCAAUAUACGUUUCGUACUGAAAGAAAUGUACCCAAACUAGGAGUGAUGCUCGUUGGUUGGGGUGGAAACAACGGUUCAACAUUCACCGCCGCCAUCUUGGCUAAUAAGCACGGUUUAAAAUGGAGGACUAAAGAAGGAGAAAAGAAAGCUAAUUAUUAUGGAAGUAUAACCCAAGCUAGUACAGUUUGUAUCGGUAAUGACGAUGACGGAGAAGAAGUUUAUGUGCCUCUAAAACAGCUGUUACCAAUGGUGGAUCCUAAUGAUAUCGUUGUUGAUGGUUGGGACAUUUCCAAGUGUAAUCUAGCUGACAGUAUGGCGAGAGCCAAGGUAUUAGACUACAACUUGCAAGAACAACUCCGACCCUAUCUACAAAAUUUAACUCCACGACCCUCUAUCUACAUCUCGGACUUUAUCGCUGCCAAUCAAGCGGGGCGAGCUAAUAAUGUACUGACCGGAAGCAAGCUUCAGAUGAUUGAACAAAUCAGAAAAGAUAUUCGAGACUUCAAACAAUCCAGCGGCGUCGACAAAGUAAUAAUUCUUUGGACAGCAAACACGGAAAGAUUCAGUGACGUCAUACCGGGUUUGAAUGACACGUGGGAUAAUCUAAAUCGUUCUAUCCGAGCCGAGGAAAGCGAGAUUUCCCCCUCGACUUUAUUUGCCGUGGCUAGUAUACUGGAGGGCGUCACGUACAUUAAUGGUUCCCCACAAAACACUUUUGUGCCUGGAGUUAUCGAACUUGCCGAAAAGAAGAAAGUUUUUAUUGCUGGUGAUGAUUUUAAGUCUGGUCAAACGAAGAUAAAGUCAGUUUUGGUGGAUUUUUUGGUCAGUGCUGGAAUUAAACCAGUCUCAAUCGUUAGCUACAAUCACCUUGGUAACAAUGAUGGCAAAAAUUUAUCGGCACCAAAAACAUUUCGUUCUAAAGAGAUUUCUAAGAGCAAUGUUGUUGAUGAUAUGGUUGCAUCAAAUCAUCUACUUUACGAUAAAAACGAGAAACCCGACCACUGUGUCGUCAUCAAAUAUGUACCCUAUGUUGGUGAUAGCAAACGGGCCAUGGACGAAUAUACAUCAGAGAUCAUGAUGGGCGGAACCAAUACCAUCGUUCUUCAUAACACGUGCGAGGACUCUCUCUUAGCCACACCCCUUAUUAUAGACUUGGUCGUAUUGGCCGAAGUGUGUGAGCGAAUCAAGUUUAAAGUAGAGGGUGAUUCGGAUUUUCAAAGAUUCAAUGCAGUAUUGUCCAUUUUAAGUUUCCUCACUAAAGCGCCUUUGGUACCACGAGGAACACCAGUCGUCAAUGCCUUGUUCCGACAGAGGGCGUGUAUUGAGAACGUAUUGCGGGCUUGUAUUGGACUGGCUCCGGUCAAUCACAUGAUGUUAGAAAACAAACACGAGAUGAUCACGCGAGCAGUAUCAACCAAUACGAACUUAUUAAAGGAGAAGGUAUUGGACGAUAAGAACAGUCCAUUUGUUAGCAGUAGUGACAGUGAAAUUGAUAUGUAAGUGCUUGUUUAUAUAUAUAAUUUUAUUAUAUUAUAUUCAAUCUGUUUGUAUAAUAGUAUGUCAAAUAAUGUAAGUACAUUGUCCUUUGGAGAAUCCUCUACGGAGAAAAACAUCCAAAAUAGCGAAAUACACCAAAAGACCGACGCGGACUGUUUGGGACUAUUUGGUUGGCCAGUCUUUGAUUGGUUAAUAUUUAUGUACAUUCAGUUGACUUUCUGAACUUUGUGAAGUUAUGACUUGCCUAUAAUAAUUUAUGAUAACUAUUGAUCGACAUUGACGGAAAUUCAGUUACAGAUUUGUAAAAAUAUUUUAAAUGACAAUGUACCGUUAAAUUCUUUAUGUAAACCUAUUCCAUUGUCACUUAUAAACAAAUAUGUAUAUAGUUUUUUUAUAUGCAACUGAUGUACCAUGUUGCACGAAAACUUCGUAACCUCCUGGGGCUUGUUUCAAUAAAUUUUAACUAAGAUAAAAUCCAAAUUUUAGUAAUUUGAUUGGAUAAUAUUAUAUUGAUUUUAGUGCUUAGCCAAUCAAAAUUGAAGUAUCUACUAAAAUUUGGACUUUAUCUUGAGUUAAAAUUUCGUGAAACAAGCCCCUAGUUCCCAAACCAGACCUAGAUAUUUUUCUGAAUUUAUCAGGCCAGAUUGUAAAAUGUACAUUCGUGACUUAAUUGUUGUAAUUUAGUAACAUGUUACAUUACCAGUGCAGUUACACACACGCAAACGUAUACACCUCACAAAAGUUCGCUGCGGAUUACAACGCCUGAAAGUGGUAGUGUUUUGCGUGUUAUGUAAAUGCACAUCUCUAAUCUAGCUCAAGCAUUUUUCUAGAAAUGAUCCGUCUGUCCAUUGUUUUUUUUUUCUUAAAAGGGGAGAUAAACCUCCUCGCCUCGAUGUUAAAUAUAUUUACAUAGUUGUAACAUAUGUUUGAUAAUUUAAUGACAAUGUAAAAAUAAAAUUUAAGUGUGUUAA